AUCACUGCUGAGAUUUGAUCUAUGUUUUCAAUAACGUGUUGUAUUUACCUUUUUGAAUGCAGGGUGAUUGUGAUCCAAGUGUCUCAGAUUUUGUUCCGACCAUCCGGUCUGGAAGCUUUGCUGAUAUUGGCCCAAAGAGACGCAUGGAAGAUGAACACAUUCGCAUAGACGAUCUAUCUUCUCAAGUUGGAUGUCUCUUUGAGUUGCCAAAGCCUAGUGCUUUCUAUGCGGUUUUUGACGGUCAUGGAGGACCAGAAGCAGCAGCAUACGUUAGGGAAAACGCCAUUAGGUUUUUCUUUGAAGAUGAGCAGUUUCCACAAACAUCUGAAGUGAAUAGUGUUUAUGUGGAAGAAGUUGAGAGUUCAUUGAGAAACGCGUUUCUUCAAGCUGAUCUUGCUUUGGCAGAAGAUUGCAGCAUCAGCUCUUCUUCUGGUACCACUGCUCUCACUGCUCUUAUCUGUGGAAGACUCUUAAUGGUUGCAAAUGCUGGAGACUGCAGAGCGGUUCUAUGCAGGAAAGGCAAAGCGAUAGACAUGUCUGAAGACCAUAAACCGAUUAAUCUACUUGAGAGGAGAAGAGUGGAAGAGUCAGGCGGUUUCAUCAAUAAUGACGGGUACCUAAAUGAGGUCUUAGCUGUAACACGGGCUCUCGGCGAUUGGGAAUUAAAAAUGCCACACGGCUCACAGUGUCCGUUAAUUUCUGAACCAGAAAUCAAGCAGAUAACUUUAACCGAGGAUGAUGAGUUUCUAGUGAUUGGAUGCGACGGGAUUUGGGAUGUCAUGACGAGCCAAGAAGCAGUUAGCAUUGUUAAGCGUGGCUUAAAGCGACAUAACGAUCCAACAAGAUGUUCGAGAGAGCUUGUGAUGGAGGCUCUUAGGCGGAACUCAUUUGAUAACUUAACCGCGGUUGUGGUAUGUUUUAUGACAGCGGACCGAUGGGAAGAGCCGGUGGUUCCUAUGGAGAAGAGACGGUGUUUUAGUCUUACACCGGAUGCAUUCCGUAGCUUGAGGAAUCUGUUGGAUGGCUGAAACUGGUGUGUUUUGGGUGAUUAUAUAAUUGAUGAUGACGAAUAACAAACCUCUCCCACGCUGCUAUUAUUGAAUUUGACUUGAAAAGUUCUAAGCAGCAGAGAGAACUAUUUCGAGAUAAAUUUGCAUAAGAUGUCUGCUUGUUGUGUGUGAGAGUCUGUAAUUACAUUUUUGUGUACAUAUACUGAUUAUUGAGUGUGAAUAUAGUUCAAAGAAGAAUUUGAAGACUUACAUAUA